AAAACGAAACUAGUAGUGGCAACGAAGCAACAUGCUAAAACAAUGGACAGUGUGAUCACCGACGGCAGCGGCGUGCUGUGAUUGAUUUUCAACGCACUCAGGAAAACAAAAGUCGGACUUUGAAGUGAUGAAGGCAGCCAGAUCUGUUCGCAUGGGAUAGAGCUUGUGUGAAGUGUGGAGCGGUACAGAAAUCCCUCAGCAUCCUCUUCUUCCUCCUCCUCCUCCUCAUCUUCAUCUUGCUCCGAGAAGAGGAGAACCGAGAAGGCGCGCCUCCCGCGACGUCUGCUUAUUCUUUGGCCGACACAGCGACUCCACAGGACGGAUAUGUUGCGCCUCGCGGUCGCCCUGCCGCUGCUGCUGGUGGUGCUGCUCGGCUCAAGCCUCCAGGCCGUCGCCGCCGCCGCAACCGACGUGCGGGGCGUCAAGGAGACGGAAAAAGCCGGUAAUUUCAUGGAGGACGAGCAGUGGUUGUCCACCAUUUCCCAGUACAGCCGCAAGAUCAAGCACUGGAACCGCUUCAGAGACGAUGAUUAUGUACGCAACUGGAAUGAGAAUCAAGGCUCCAGUGACAACGUGGACACCACCAAGGACCCCUGUCAAAAGGUUAAGUGCAGCAGGCACAAGGUCUGUAUCGCUCAGGGCUACCAGAGAGCUGUGUGCAUCAACCGCAAGAAACUUGAGCAUAGACUCAAACAGCCUGCUCUCAGGUCCUCUGAUGGCAACUGCCAGCCAUGUCCAAUCUCCUCCACUGGGCCUGUGUGCGGAUCUGACGGACACAAUUACGCUUCAAGGUGCAAGCUGGAGCAGCAGGCGUGUCUCACGGGGAAGGAACUGACCCUCAAGUGCUCAGGUCUCUGUCCGUGUUCAACCGUCGCCCCCGCUGCCAAGCAGGAGACAAAACGUGAGAGUUGCACCGGACAGGAUCUGGCUGAUCUUGGCGAGCGUCUUCGGGACUGGUUCCAACUGCUUCAGAGCAAUGCCAAGCAGAACAAUAACAGCAAGCCAGGGGCCAAAAGCACCGUGGCCAACACUGCAUCAGUUCUGGACAGGAACCUGGUGGCUAGCUGUAAGGACUCGGUAGGUUGGAUGUUCUCCAAGCUGGACACCAAUGGCGACCUAUACCUGGACCAAGCUGAGUUGGCUGCCAUCAACCUGGACAAAUACGAGAUCUGCAUCCGUCCCUUCUUCAACUCGUGCGACUCCUUCAAGGAUGGCAAGGUGUCCACGGCCGAGUGGUGCCUUUGCUUCUGGAGAGAGAAACCACCCUGCCUGACUGAGCUGGAGAGGAUUCAGGUGCUAGACGGUGGCCAAAGAAAGUUUGGUCGCUUUAUUCCAAACUGUGACGAAGACGGCUUCUACAGGAAGCUGCAGUGUGACAGGGGAGAGUGCUGGUGUGUGGACCAGUACGGCGGCGAAGUAGCCGGGUCAAGGAUUCGUGGAAAACCAGAUUGCGAUGACGAAGCCACAUAUUCGGGCGACUUUGGCAGUGGUGUGGGCUGGGAGGACGAAGAGGAGAAAGGUGGCGAGGAGACCACAGAGGAGGAAGAGGGCGAAGCGGGAGAAGCUGAUGACGAGGGCUACAUUUGGUAAAGGAUGGAGAAUUUGUCCUUGCAGCCUCUCUGUCUUUUUCCAACCGCAUCUCCAUUUUCCAAACACACUCAACCUACAAGAGAGGAAAUUCCCAAGGUGGACAUUGAUCGGCGAACAUAUCACUACCAGUAAUCGUUGGGUGUGCUGUCAAAAUGCUUGUCCCUCAAAUUUGUGAAUCUUCGUUCUAUUUUCUUGUACGUACGUUUUAAUUUUAGGAGAAUCUCAGCAAUUUUUCGGGGUAGUUAAAAACGGCUGAACAUCUCUCGUUGCUUUCAUCAGAUUAGAAACUUUUUGUCUUGUUUUUCGAAACGGGAACUAUACAGAGGACAUUGACUUUGACUUCAUCCUCAUCUCAUGCGCUUCAAGCUCCUAUCUGACAGUAGUGCUGUCUCAUUCUUAACUCGUCACUCCGCAAUUUGUAAAUAACAUCAAGCCACAUUGUGUACCAGAAGAGAGGUCGCCGCGCGCUCCGGCGAGGCUCCUUCUUUGUUUAGCCGACAAGUGUACAUCGUAUCGUCGUGUGGGUCAGUUGUUGUGUUUAUUAAAAAGGAAAUGAUAAGAAUUCAAUAAACAUGAGUGUGAGUGGUCCCAGCUGGCCACCGUACAUUGGUGUCUUUGGAUGAAUAUUGUGUGUGGUGUGUGUAUUCACUUGCUUCCAGUGGGGUGCUGCAGCACCCCCUGGUGUUGGGGAGAAAAGGUUUUGGUAGAAUUUUUUUUUU